AUGAAGCUGCUCAACACCCUCCCCCAGACUGACGAAGAGCAUUAUGCCUUGGAGGUGCUUGAGAUUGACACAAGCGUCGAGCAUGGCAUCACGGACGAUCACCUCGCAGACGUUAUUCCAUACUGUCCAAGCAUUCAGGAAGCAUAUCUCACCGGGGUCUAUGACCUCAGCGACCGCACUCUCAUCUUGCUUGGGCGCGAGACGGAUGAUCUGCGGACGCUGGACAUCUCGGGCUGCCUGCAUAUUAGUCCUAUCGGCAUACACGACCUCGCUGGCCUUGCAACGCGGCUGCAAGUACUCCGAAUGAGUAGUGUUUGGAGUAUCACGGACCCUGCGCUGAAGACCAUCCUGCGCUCGCUCGGCCAUCUCACCGAACUCGACAUCUCAGACCUCCCGCUCGUGACAGCGCAUUCGGUCCGCGAGGUGUGGACGUUCUGCAGGAAGCUGCGCAUGUUCAACAUGUCGAACUGCACGAACGUGACAGACAGGGCAUUCCCAUCACCAUACUCGGGCACCUCUCACACGCAGUACACAGGCGGCAGACGAAGUCUCGUCGUGCCAGAUCUGCACCCAGCGAAGACCCCUUCUCCGGAGAAACCGACGCUAUGGAUAGACAGCCUGCCACCUCUGGUGCUGCCGACCCACCACCUGCUCGAAUAUCUGCAUCACAUCGACCUCAGUCACUGUCAGAGGCUGACGGACGACGCAAUUGCGGGCUUGGUCCAACAUGUACCACGCGUCACCGGGCUGGACCUCGCAGGUUGCAUGGGCCUGUCAAAUAAGGUGGUCAAUAGUCUGUGUACGCAGGGAGAAACACUUAUGGACCUCGACCUGUCGGAGGUGCAUCGACUCACCGACGAUAGUUUUUUCAGGCUCGUGCGAGCCUGCCCCCGAUUGAGGGAAUUGAACAUCUCCUGUACGUGUUUGUCGCUCGCAGCACUCGUGCCCGCAUCUCACAAGGGCUCCACAGACUGCACGCAACUGACGGACAUGUCGAUUAUGGAGGCUGCCUCGCUCGAGAAGUUGCGCCACUUGUCCAUGGCGGGUCUGCCAAAGGUCACCGAUAUCGGCAUCGAGUUUCUUGCAGAACACGCUUCUGUUCUUGUCGAAGUUGAAAUAUCCGGAUGCAAUCGUCUUUCGUUGGAGGCCGUGCACCUCCUGCUCCGACAGCUGAAGCACCUCAAGCGCCUCGGUGCCUGUAUACCCGCCAUGGCCCGCCCGGGCACUAAACGGUUCUCGGAGCGUACGCCCUCUGGAUGGGAGCGCAACACACAGGGUCCGUAUCGGACGUUCAACGGCGGGAGUAUCGCUGCGCUGCGGGCAUUCCUAGAUAAGGAAGAGGCGAGGAAGAAGGAGGCGGAGCGGAGGUGUAUUCCGUUCACGCCGAGGGCAGACGAUAGCAUGGACCUGUAUUGA